CAGGGUAAAGUUCACGUAAUUGUUCUAUUCUCGUAGAAGUUAAAAGUUGUUUUUUCAGCCGGUUAAUGUUGAACCAAAAUCCGUCACCGACAGCCGCCAUGUUUGCUUCCCCAUCAUGCGAUGGUCGAGAUAAAGGUAUCCCAACUACGCACUUUURCAAGGUAUGUUUGUAUGUUUCCAAGCCAUGCAUGCAUGGUGUCAGAAGUCAAUAACUUGAUGUGUCUGUAUGUCCUGCCAAACCAUGCAUAGUGUGUCUGGAUGGGUGUGUAUGUAUUUUCCGCCAUGCACGAUGUGUCUCUAUUUUCCGCCAAACCAUGCAUUGUGAGUCAUGUUUGUAUUUCCCGCCAAAAAACGGUGUGUGUGUAUUUUGCGCCAUGCACGGUGUGUCUCUAUUUUCCGCCAAACCACGCGCAGGAGUCUGUAUUCCCCGCUAAAGCUAUUCAACGUGCGUUUGUGUUUUCCGCCAAAAAACUCGGUGUGUUUGUAUUUCCCGCCAAAAGCUCGGAGUGUUUGUACUUCCCGCCAAAACAURRWAAGUUGRUUAUGCCAGUCCGUCCUACUCUCUGGUAGUGKCGGUUACGUCAAUGAGUUAAGGUAACAGCCUAGAGCGGUAUCAACCGCACAAAGAGCGGCGUGUUUUUGACAUUGUAAUCAUCCUCCAUAAAUACGGUCUGAUGGAGCACCGUACCUUCAUUCAGACUCGAACAUCACAAGAGUAGCAACAUCAAUCAGUCGUUAAACCAACACCAUGUCUACAGUUUCUGCUGUUCGACCAAGAGGGUCUUUUCUAAUCGAUGAUCUUCUACGAGACACGCAUGACRCUAACAAGAUGCCCGCUGAUACACCAGCUGUAGUUACCACAGGGUUCCCGAGAUACUGCUUUCCUCCUAUUAGUAGUUGUGGCAGCAGUAGUAAUAGUGAUGAAGAUUCUGCAGAUGAAAAAGAUACAACAGAAAGUCCUGACCAAUCAGAGCCUUCAAAUGAGAACAGAAAGACCAGACCAUCGUUCGCACCCCAUAAAGUAGCACGUCUCAAGAGCAUAUUCGUCCAGAGAAACUACCUGAGUAAGCAAGAACGACGACAUCUGGCACUAGAACUGGGCAUGACUGAUGAACAAGUCAAGACCUGGUUYCAAAACAAGAGAACAAAACUGAAGAAAAAAAUGGCCGAAGAAGAUGAACACUACGCCAAGCUGCUCUACCUGAACGACCUGAUCAACGGUACAUCACCUGACCGUCACCAUGACUACCAAGUUCCACAUAGUUACCAUGGCUACCCAUUAGCUGGGUAUCCAGGCCUGGAUCGAUCAUCUGAGUACAGCGAGAGACUGGUAUCGACUGGAAGAUUUCCUUAUCUUCCAAAGUAUUAGAUAUUAUUAGUUAACGAUUUUGUCAAUAAAACUAACACUACAAGAAA